GUUAAUUCUAAAACACGAAUAUAAAGGAUGCAGAUCAUCAAGAAACUAGUCACUCGAUGUAGGCGACGUACACCUGCAUCAUUCAAAUCGUGCAACUUAGUGUUGUAUACCGAAUUAUUCACUAUCGUACUUAGAUAGUCCGGUUUUCUCAUCAUAUUAUAAGUCAACCUUCAACAACAAACACCCCAAAUCCUUCCUUCUAUUCCUAAUGAUUCAUCCGAACCAAUCCGAACUAGUCAUCUCCAAACCUUGACCUCAUAACCUCUUCCCUUACCGACCACUGGACUCACGAUAACUCCUAGCUUCCUAUUUUUCCGAUCCUAUAAAAUACCUAACAUUUUUCCCUCCAGGGGCAGAUUUUUUUGAACCAUCUUAAGACUCUACUUUUGUCACGACGAACAUUGUAUUAAAAACUUCGCUUGUAUUUUGCGUUGUGAUUAAAAUAAAUAAAUAUCACGAGUGGAAUACAACAUUAGUCACUACAUAAAUUCAUUCAAGACUGUCAUACAAAGGAAACUGGAUAUUUAACACCAUGGAGCAUGAAAGCAAGGGUUUCAAUGAUAUGCCACACAGAUCAAAACGGAAACCAAUCAAUUCGAACGAAGAAUUAGAGAACUGGAUGACUCGGCUUCCGACAGCUCUGAGAAACGUACCCAUAAUACAUUUGGCGAUACCCGGUUCUCACAAUACAAUGACUUAUACCAUAAUGAAAGAUAAUGAUAUCGGACCCGACGAGCCUAGAUACAUCAGAGCACUCGGCCGUUACUGUUCGAUUGUCUCAAAACCUAUUAUUUUUAAUUGGUCUAUUACACAACACGAUAACGUUAAGGAGCAGCUGAACGGCGGAAUCCGAUACUUAGAUUUACGCGUGGCUACGAAACCGAUGAACGGUGAUAUUUAUUUUGUUCAUGGUUUAUAUGGAUCAAAAAUAUAUCAGCCAUUGCAACAGGUAGCAGAGUGGCUGUCAUCUCACCCUAACGAGACUGUAAUCUUAGAUUUUCAACAUUUUUAUUCGUUUUCUGAAAUGGACCAUCGUCAUCUUGUGGAUACCAUUCUUCAAAUAUUUCACUCAAAAUUGUGCCCAACAGCUUCCACUUUUACUCAUAUAACACUAAACUGGCUUACUCUGGAAAGGUAUCAGGUUAUUGUUAUUUACAGGAACAUAUAUGCACAGAAUUACUCCAACUUGUGGCCGAGUGGUCUAUGGCGGACACCAUGGCCUGAUACUGUACGUGUCAAUGAACUUAUAGAUUUCUUGAAUCGUGAACUCCAAGCACGUCCGUUGGGAAUCGGUUUUAUUUCGCAGUGUCUUUUAACGCCAGAUAUGCCUUUCGUGCUGAAACAUUUAUGCGGUACGCUACAAAGGAAUUUAGCACCUGUAUGUCAAAAACCAAUUCUUUCUUGGAUAAAUCAAAAACAACCCGGCCGUGGUGGUUUGAAUAUUGUUAUAGCUGAUUUUAUAUCUGAUACAAAUUUUUUAUUUUGUAAAACCGUUAUUGAAAGUAACAAAAAAUUUUUUAAUUGAUAGU